AUGCCGGCGCUGGUGGAGUUUCCCAACGCCUUGGGUCCUGGGGUGCCGCUCUUCGUUCAGUGCGCCUGGCAUUCCGAGGCAGCGCAGGCGCCGCAGGCGCCGGACGGGGCGCCAGACGCGGUGCCGGCGCCCGAAGGCUUGUGCCACCUGGUGAUGAUCGAUGGCAACCAGUGCUGGGUGGGCACGCUGCAGCAGAAGGAUUUGGCAGGACCCUUGGGGGACAGCUGGAAGGAUCCCGCCAACUUGCGCUUGCUGCGGGAGGCGCUCAGCUCCCCUCCCGAGAGCCUGUCGCCGAGUCGGCUCCCUGGUCCAAGGGCUGAGGCGGCUUGGCGGGUGGUUGCGUCGGAGCUGGAAGUCACCGUGCGGUUCAUUUACAGGGAAGGGCCGGUGGCAGCAGUGCAGGCAGCUCGCUUUCCUGCGGUCAGCUUGGACAAAGCCCUGGGCGACAUAUGCAGCGGCAUCCGGAAAUUGCAGAGCGACGUGCAGAGCCAAGCCAGCAGUGUCCAGGCGGAGAAGGCGAGUCUUCUUGCCAGGCAGGAGGUGCUGAAGAGGCAGCUGGAGCUAUUGCCGGAGGAGGUGGAGGCGCACGAGGCGCGGCUGCUGGACGGCUUGUCCGGCGUGCUCAAUGCCCAGAAGCGCCGAUGCCUGUCUCUUGCGCCAGUCGCCGGAGGCGGCGGAGGCGGCCGUGAACCCGGGCCCCAGCUCCUUUGUGUCCCUCACCUUCGGCGACAGCGACGCGCGACCGGCGGUGCCGGAGGUGCCGGCCGCAACGGAGACCGCCUUCAGCAUCCCGCUGACCUUGGGCAUGAGCACGGUGAGCCUUGGUGCCAGGGUCCAAAAAGGAGCAAGCGUGGCUUGGCCCAUGCUUUCGGCAUUGCUGCUAUCAGCUGGCGAUGUUCUUGA